AUGAGGAAGGACCCUCCAGAACGUGCAAGGGAACCGAACUCGAACAUGAACUUGAACGUGAACGUGAAGAGCUUCCUUCAAAAUGCGUAUCUACACCCAGUAUUGAAAAGUGCCAACAACGACGACGAAGACGACGAUGAUGAGUAUUUUGCUUGUGUAGAGGGUGGGCGGGUCGUUGAGCGGGUUAUCUACAGAACAUUGAAAAGCAAGGCCCACCAGCCCCCUGUAUCUUCAUCGCCAUCUCUUCUAAAGCUCUUCAAAAUCCCAAGCAACUCUCUGAAGCAAAGAAGAGGUUCGAACAAGAUUGAGACUCCUCAACCUUGUUCUUCCCUCGGUGUUCUUCGGACACAGAUCCAUGUGAAGACCUUAACGGGCAAGACCGUCAUCAUCGAAGUGGAGAGCUCGGAGACGGUCCACAACGUGAAGGUCAGAAUACAGGACCAAGAAGGCAUUCCCAUGGAUCAGCAGAAGCUGAUCUUCGAGGCAAGGAGCUCAAGAACGACGUCCGGACGCUCGCCGAGUAUGACGUUCACAGCGAGUCUGUGCUCCACCUCAAUCUCUGUCAAAAGGCCAAAAGGAAAGAUGUAUCUGCAGGUGAGGAUGAUACGGAUAUGGAAUUAAAGAUCUGAUGAAAGAUCGAUACUCUCAAACCCUCCCAGACAGUUAACCAUGUUAGUACUACUUAGUACUGAUGUCAUAACUCAAACUUGCGCUAGGUUGGACGCAAGAUCAACACCACAUCACUGUACACACGUUCUUCUACACACGUUCUUCAAGACUUUCAUGUUGGCAGGCCUUACAUGGUAGGAGUUCAGAGUUCUGUUGAACCAUGAAGCCUUCGAAGGGGAAGGCUAUUCAUGUUCCUGAUGCUUAAAUUGACAUGGGGGCUUUUGUUACUUCACAUGGAAAAUAAAAUAAAAAUCAUUUGAUUCGGUGGUAA